CACUGUUUACUAACUUCUGGCGGUCCAGAGAGAGCGGGCGGCUAGCAGCGGGUCAUAUGGGAAAAACAACCCAUUUGCAAAUCUGGAUUCCGGACUCGAGUAAAAAGACCACCAUAUGAAGAACCCCCUGCGGAUGACUUAAAAAAGAAAGAAAAUCCAUCUAAACGCCACAGCAGGCUGCACGUCCGUGAAAGUCAUCCACACUUGUCGUAAAUAUCGGGACAGACCUGUCACCUGAUGUCUCUUGCCAGAUGUCGAUAGCUGCGCUGAGGAUGAUCCGAUGCCGACGGCUCAGCACGAGCACCGCUGGACCAGGACUGAAGAAACCACUUCCAUGGAAACACAUCAGGAAAAUCGCUAAGGCCACUGGAGUCAUUGUCAUUGGGGGCUACGUGUGUGCAUGUUAUGAAGUGUCUUCUCUCAGUAAGGCUCUGAGCAUCGAUACCCAGGUGAUCCUUCAGGAGAAACACAAGUCAUACAUCUACCUCACCACCCACCAGUCAGAACAGGAGACCACUACGACAGGGUUGACCAAUCGGGCGCGGCGUGAGCUCCAUAAAGCAGCUCGCAGGUUUCUGGAAAUGUCAUCAAAAAUCUUCCUGCACCCUUUAGAGGGUAAUGCUAAGGAUGUUGAUCCCCAUGAUGUGUCUCUGUGGCUCCUCUUGAAGAAAUCUCGAUCAGAAUCACAAGAGGAGCGAAGGCGAGCAGUGGAGGAACUAGCUACACACACACACUGGCAUGAUUACCAGUACCAGACAGCUGCUCAGGUUCUAGACCAGCGGACCGCGGUGGGUUUGGCCAGAACUCCUCAUGUGGACCUGAGAUUCUUCCUACCGCCACCACCACUGCCACAGAUAGAAGACGGUUUAUCAGUAGAGGAUGGUCUUCGUGAGCUGCUGGCUUCUCUUCCCCAGUCGGAAGUGGACGCUUGUGUUCAGUAUUUUACAUCUCUGGCACUCAGAGAGAGCACACAGGCACUCAACGCUCAGCGGGGAGGCCUGUGGUGUUUUGGAGGUAAUGGUCUGCCGUACGCCCAGAGUCUCACCUCUAUUCCAUCUGAGAAGGUCGAAUCAUUUUGCCUCCAAGCCCUUGUACAGCACUCAAAGGUGUUGUCUCAUUGUCAGCACAUUGUGGCCAAUGGCGGUCUUCAGCUGCUUCAGAGAGUUUUCAUGCUGCGUCGUGAUUCUCCGAAAAUCCAACGCAACAUUCUGAGAAUCAUUGGGAAUGUGUCGCUGGACGCAAGCAGCCAUCAGGCCAUAGUGCAGUCAGGCUGGCUCUGUGUGUUAGCUGAGAUGGCUCAGUCCUCCAGUGUCAUGACGUCAUCUCAUGCGGCGAGAGCUCUGGCCAACAUGGACGCCGACGCAGUGGAGGAGAAAUAUCAUGACGGAGUUUACGUACUACAUCCACACACGCGCACCAGUCAGCCAAUCGAAGCGGAUGUGCUGUUCAUCCACGGCUUACUGGGCGCCGCCUUCAAGACCUGGAGGCAGAAAGACCUGGAGCCAAUCACAGAGCCCACAACAGGAGCAGGGCGGAACAACAAGGACACUCAGACAACCGUAGAGCUUGCAGCAGCAGCAGCGGGACAGGACAACAAGGACACUCAACCAACCACAGAGCCUGAAGUUGCAGGAGUGGGACGGGAGGAUUAUACUGAAUGCUGGCCAAAGAGCUGGUUGGCGUCUGACUGUCCGUACCUGCGCAUUCUGUCUGUGGAGUACGAUACUCACCUGAGCGACUGGAGAGCCAAGUGCCCCGCCGAGAACCAGAGGAAGUCUUUGGCGUAUCGCAGUUCUGAGUUGCUGAAGAAAUUGAAAGCUGCAGGAGUUGGAGAGAGACCAGUAGUGUGGAUCGCACACAGCAUGGGAGGGCUGCUGGUUAAGAAGAUGCUCUUGGAUGCCUCCAGGGACCCAGAUCUAGAACCGUUGCUACGCAACACUAAAGGAGUUCUGUUCUACAGCGUUCCGCACCACGGAACCUUCAUGGCCGAGUAUUCCGUCAACGUCCGGUACCUGCUCUUCCCGUCCAUAGAGGUCCGAGAGCUGUGCAGAGACUCGCCGGCCUUGAGGGAGUUGAAUGACAGCUUUGUGGGCGUGGCUAAAGAGAGACGGUUCCAGAUUCUCAGUUUCACCGAAACGCAACCGACCACCAUCGGCCCCAUGAUCAAAAUCCAAGUGGUACCACAACACACCGCAGAUUUAGGUAUUGGGGAGUUAAUCCAGGUGGAUGUGGACCAUCUGAACAUCUGUAAGCCACAAGUGAAGGAUUCCUUCCUGUAUAGGCGGAGCCUACAGUUCAUACAGGAAGCCCUGGGCAACAUCAGCCAAUCAGAAUAAAACACUCGGACGCAGCAGCUAACCAGAUUGAAGCCCUGGGCAACAUCAGCCAAUGAGAAGGAAGCACUCGGACGCAACAGCCAACCGUAUUGAAGCUCUGGCCAAUGGGCACGGCGCUCUACGAGGACAUUAGCCACAAACCAACUAACUACAAGUAGCAAUGUUGAAAACAAACAGAGGAGACUACUCGACACAUGUCCUAAUGUCCCUUCCUCUGGUGGUCAGGCGCGCACACACACACACACGCACACACUUGCGUGAGUUUACAUUUUGCACUGGCCCACACAUUUCAGAUCUGAAAAAGAAUUUACAGUGCCUGACGAUGGCCGAAUGGACCCAUGUGUCUCUUUUCAAAGUGCAUGCGUGCCUGCCUACGUGUGUGUGUGUGUUUGCUUCUGAGCACUUGCUGGAUUUAAAUGAGUCACUGCCAGGAGUCUGAUCUUCAGUGUUACUGUUCUCUGUGUGUGUGUGUGUGUGUGUGUGUGUGUGUGUGUGCGUGCGUGCGUGUUGGGGGUGGGGUGUUCUUAAUGUGGUCUUGCGUUUGUGUGUGUGGUGCCAUAUGUGACAGCAUAACUGCUGGGUCUCAAUUGUUAUCUGUAACCACUUACCCCAUAAAACUGAUAACCCCAGUGGAUAAACCCCACCAGCACUGCGUGUGUGUGUUUCGCCAUGUGACUUCUGCCUUUGACGUUGCCAUAAUUUUGAAUCCUCCUUGUGUGUGUGUGCGCGCGAGUGUGCACGUGUGAAUGUGCGCAUGUUUGUGUGCCCGUUUGUGCGUGGUGAUUCUGAAUCCUCUACCUCAGUUGCACCUCAAUGCAUCCGCAUCACAUCUAUUUAUUUUGUUCUUUUGAUUUUAUCGAUGUUUGUUUUAUUUUAAUGGCUAUUUUAUUAUUAAAUUUCAUGGAAGCGUUUGAUUAGAUUUGAAUCGCCUUGCUGAACUUUCGAUUAUGUAUGUGUGUCAUAUAUAAUUACUGCACUCUAACUUAAAACUUUUUAACUUACUGUCGCUUAUUGCCCUCUAUCUUAUAAAGUCUUGAAGCAUUUUAUCUAAGUAAAAUCUAAUUAAAUAGUUUUUAUCUAAACUAAAUACACUUUAAGUCAUAAGAGCUGUACAUCAUUUCAAUAAAGAGCUUCUAAA